AUGUCCGAGCACGAACAGACUGCAACUGGUUUCGAGCCCAGAUUAGCGCUUGUGCGCAUGCGCGGCUCCAAAGAAGAGUAUACGUAUCAAGUCGUGCGGGUCGGUACUGAAGAACAGGUGGACAGCCUGAAUGCCGACGGACACAGUGAUCCACUAUCCCGCUUGCCAUGCAUUGAAAGGUUCGAGACCAACAUCACCUUACUCGGCGAGCUUCGACAUCACUUGCGAGACGGUUACCAUUCCCGUGUCAAACUCACAACGCUGGGGAUGUACAAUGCUUGGGCUGUGGCGAUGUAUCAGGUCUUGGGCAACCUCAAACUUGAGCAGUACGAAAGCAACGGAAAAGUCAUGGACUACUUCAAUCUUGCCAGCCACUUCACCCGCGCUUUCAAAGGUCAAGCAGAAGACUUGUUCUCCUACAUCGACAAGCUGACUGCUGAACGGGAUACGGAUAUUUUCUCUUCUCUAGCCAAGUCUUGGCCGAAGGAAGAGCUCUGUCCACAUCCAGGGAUACCGGCCAUGCUCCUCGCUGGUCUCUGGGAUGAUCAAGACUUCAUGAAGCUGUCCGAUGUUGCCAUGACCGCACUGGGCGAGACAAUCAGACUGAUCAAAAUGCUUGAUCUGCCGGUGACUACCCCAAAGGCUGGAAUGGAAACCUUGUCGAAGAUUCGGCGUGGAGCUGAGAAGAUGAUCGAGCGGUCUCGAUCGGAUACCAUGGACGACCCAGACAAUUUCGCCGCCUGGUUAUGCAGCGUGGCGGGCUGGACAGAAUCCGGCGUUUCGCGGGCGCGAACCAGAGACACAGUCGCGAGGGCUCACCGUUUGAGAGCUACAGAAGGCAGUCGCGCAGACCUGCUCGAUGCCUGCUCGCGGUAUUUCUCGUUUCAUAAAGAGGCGGGCAAAGGCCAAGAAUCGGAUAGACUCCUGCGAAGUCUUGCGAGUAUCGGUGAAGACGAUGACGGUCGAUUGGUCGAGACUUUCGCCAUAUUCGAACGAGAUAGGGUUAGGGAUGGGGAUCACGAAGAGUCUACAGGUCCGCAAGAUACGGAUAUGCAAGAGGUUUGA